CUGAGAGCCCAAUGAAGUGUGAAGAUCUACUACAGAACACGUCAUACGUCAGCUGACUGAUACUGCUUUCUGGAUCAGUCAAGGGCUGGAAUUGAGUUUAUGGUUUGUAUUGCUAAGCUGAUUUCUCAAGUUGAUAUCUUUGUAUCGAGUUCUCUGAUCGACAAUGUGUUUAAUUCUGGAUUAACACUUUAUGAAGUCAAUCUUGAAGUGUUAACAUGGCAACAGACGUGCUGGAGAGGUUUAUCAAAAAGAGCCAAAGAAAUAAACUCUGGGCGCAUGCGCGAAACAAAACAACCGAGAAACAGCUGGAGGGGAGAUUACAACAUUUGCAGGAGGAGUAUGACCGAGAGUACAGACACUACAUUAGGAAGAGAAACAGAAUUUAUCGUGAUCUUAUUGAUUUGAGGAGUCUUAAUGAACCCAAGCAGAAUGAAGAUGGGGAAAAGACAAUACUUCACUGUUCUGCCCUAGCUACUGUUACAACAAUACCAAAAGCUGACCUUUCACUUCUUGUCCAAGGCUCCCAAAGCAUACAGACAAUAAACUCGAUCAACAAUGUUCCUAAAAGUCGUUCUGAUGCCUUGCUACCGAUCAGUACUCUGACAUCAACAAAAACUAUAACCGAGAAAGAAUCAGAAUCGCAUGAAACGAAACAAAGGUUUAACGCGACAAACUUUAAGGCCAUCGGACGGCAGACAUCGCGAAGUGACUCCUCCCUUGUCUUAAAUCAGAGUGACUCUGCUCUAUUUGUCUUGGGCAGCGACAACAAGCAAUCAAUGGCGGGUCAUGAUUGUAUCCACGUGACAUUCGAAGAAACGGAAAGAGUCACAAGAAAGACAGUGGACUUGGACACUGCUUGUAGGUACAAGGAGGGUUCUAAAACUGGCGUCUCGUGCCUUCACUUCCCUUGUCACAUUCCCAGAACGUAUCACACCAUUGGCUACAGACGGAAUGAUCUUAUUCCAAGGACUAGCGAUAUUACGAACAGAGGCUUUGAUCCUGUACCUGAUGAGCGUCCUGCACACCCCAAGGACAGCACAAGGAGUACUAAUUCGAUCAUAGAAGACAUUACAACUUUCGUACCUUCCAAAAAUGAGAUUCCUAAAUGGAACAAUAGGAAAUCUAAGGGAACAGUCAAACUGAAUCAAUCUAUCAACGGACCUAUGUUUUCACCCAAACCUCUUGACCCUGUAUUGGAACAGAUUCGAACUGGUGCCGUAGAGGAAAUAGGAGAAACUCCUUCCAUGACGAGAAAAACUGUCCGAGCCAAAAUUCGAGGGUUGAAGCAGCUAGUACUAGAAAUGAGGUUCAGAAAUGAUAAGACCAAACCUCCAGACUGGGCAGUAAACUAUGGCACUCGAUUGCCCACCAGAUUUCUACUCAAUCCUGCCUUCCCAGUCUAGAAGAAAAAUAAAAUUUUGCAGUUUUUUUUAUGUCUUUAUUUAUAGAAUCAAAAAGUUGUUUUACCUUUUUUUGAGAAACUAAAAUAAAGUUUGUUUUUGAAUAAAAACGUUGAAGGAUGUAGAACUGUGAUUUAAAAUCUCUUCAAGCCUCUAAAAUAUGUAUAAUGUAUUCAUCCUCGAAAUAAAGAAUCACCCUUUGUGUCAGGAUUUUGUGAUUUUACCAUCACAAAAGAGAUACAAGACACCGAUAGCAAAGACAAACAGACACAAACACUCUUUUGUUCCCCUGGCAAUCAAAUCAUUAAAUAAGAACAAUCUGGUAUAAACUUUGUCACAUGUAAAUUAUGAGUGAGUCUGGUGUGAAUGUACACUUUGGUUUCUUAUAGUUAUAAUGUUUUUUGUUUGGUGUAAUGCACAAAUUGUAAGACAAAUUUCCUUACGGAUAAUAAAGAUUAUUAUUAUUAUUA